AAAAAAAAACCGAAACCGUUGUAUUCUUAAACCCUUGUCUCCCGAGUCCCGCCGUCAUCCUUGCUCGAGUAGCUUCGUUUGUCCCCUGCUUGAAGAAUCGGGCCGUUCACUCUCGCUGGAACCCUAUUUGGUGAAACCCAUCCACCCGCGAAAAUCCCUGCUCGACAAAGUAGUUCGGCUGCGUUUGAUCCCUGCUCUUCCUCAACCCUAGUUUACACUACCUUCCCUUGACAUCGCAGUGAAGAAACCCCUGGAACUGACGAUUUUGGUUAAACCCCUCUCAACAUCAGUAGUGCGAAUUCGGCUGGAACCCUUUUGGUGAAAUUCCUGCUCUCCAUCUCUCUUGUCCCUCAGAUCUUCAAGGUGUGACACAGAAAGUUUCAUUAAAAUUUGGUCUUUUAUGAGAGCUUGAAAAGUGAAAUAGAGUUGCAGAGAGCAGCAGAGGACUUCAGCAAUUAGUCCCCCAACAAUCUCUCCAUAGUCUGAUCAACCAGAGGAAGGGUAAUUUGAAGGAUAUCUCUCAUGUCAUAUAGUCGAGGACGUGAUUUCUUAUUCUGUGACAUGUGUGGAACAUUGCUUUCUUUGAAUUCGAGUAAGCAUGGUGAUUGUCAAUUAUGUGGAUGCAAGCAUGCCGCAAAAGUUGCCUUUUCCAGAUAUUAUUAACAGAGAAACAUCCUACACAGUAACUGCUGAGGAUAUAAGAAGAGAUCUUGGCAUUGAACCCUUUGUGAUACUGGAUGGGAUAAACACAGAUGAGGGAUCAGUGCAAAGAGCUGUGGUAAAUGAACCAUGUCCACGCUGCCAUCAUCCGCAGCUUGAGUAUUACACUAAACAGUUGCGGUCAGCAGAUGAAGGGCAGACUGUUUUCUAUGAGUGCCCCAAGUGCAGGCAUAAAUUUUCAAUCAAUACAUGAGAAUUCAUUGUGGUUUCAAAACAAGCUUGACAAAUGUAUUCUUUUGGGGCAAGAAGAAAGAGGGAGGAGGGGUUGUACAUUGCUACUCUGUAGAACUGCAGAUGAUAUUUAGACAAUUUUGUUGAAGUUGGAAAUAGUAAGUCUACGAGACACAAAUUUUGCAUUUUCUUUAAGAGGGCUGGAGACUUAGGGUUGAGGGCUUGAGUUUCAAAGUUCAAUUGAUAGUGGUCAAUGUAAACUAAGGAAAAUCUGUUUUGAUUUUGAUUAACUUUGUCCAUGUAUUAAACAUUGAUGGAACCAAGUAAAAAGAGUAUACCACACCCAUCUUAUCAAUUGAAUUUCAGUUUGUUUCA